CCAGUAGUAACUGGUUCUUGGGAAGAGCGUGAACACACAGAGAGACGAAAACAGUAGUCGCUCCUGAUCUCUGAGUCGACUCGGAAACUAAGAACGCUAAGCUAUGGCACAAGCACAAGUGGUUAAAGAAAGUUCAAAGCUCGGAAGCUAUGAUGAUUACUUCGAGACCAUACAGAACAGAUCGAGAUUGCCACGUUCAUUGCGUGAGUCCUUAACGGAUGCAUUUGCGAAGAUUCCAGUUUCAUCCUUUCCAGAAGUUCCUGGUGGCAAAGUGAUUGAAAUUCUUGCAGACACAUCAAUUGGUGAUGCUGUUAAGAUUUUAUCAGAAUGCAACAUCCUGUCAGCUCCGGUAAGGAAUCCGGACACUGCAAAUGGUACAGAUUGGAGAGAGAGGUAUUUGGGAAUCAUAGAUUACUCGGCUAUUGUUUUGUGGGUGCUAGAGACUGCAGAACUUGCUGCUGCUGCCUUGUCAGCAAGUUCUGCAACGGCUGCUGGAGUAGGUGCAGGCGCUGUUGGUGCUCUCGGAGCACUGGCAUUGGGCGCAACUGGUCCUGCUGCGGUUGCUGGCCUAACUGUUGCUGCAGUUGGUGCAGCUGUGGCUGGUGGUGUGGCUGCAGAUAGAGUGAUGGCAAAAGAUGCUCCCACUGCGGCCGAUAGGUUGGGCGAGGAUUUUUACAAGACUAUCCUUCAAGAAGAACCCUUUAAGUCAACCAAGGUGAAAUCAAUAGUUAAAUCCUACCGUUGGGCGCCAUUCAUUCCUGUUGCAACAGAUAGUUCUAUGUUGAGCGUCUUAUUGCUGCUGUCGAAAUACAGGCUGAGGAACGUACCUGUUAUUGAACCAGGCCAGCCUUUUGUUAAGAACUACAUUACUCAAUCUGCAGUCGUUCAAGGUCUCGAGGGAUGCAAAGGAAGGGAUUGGUUUGACUGCAUUUCCGCACAUUCUAUAGCUGAUCUAGGACUUCCAUUCAUGUCUAGUAACGAGGUUAUUAGCAUCCAGAAAGAUGACCUGGUUCUGGAAGCUUUCAAGAGAAUGAAAGAUAACCAAAUUGGAGGUCUCCCAGUUGUUGAGGGACCAAAUAAGAAAAUUUUUGGGAACUUGAGCAUAAGGGACAUCAGACACUUGUUACUCAAACAUGAGCUUUUCUCCAAUUUUAGGCAGCUGACCGUGACAGAUUUCAUGAGCACCAUUGCCUUGAUGACUCAUGAUACCGGAAAAGUUGUCACUCCAAUAACAUGCAAGCUUGCCUCAACUCUUGGUAAUGUGAUUAGCACUCUUGCUUCCAAGUCAGUUCAUAGGAUUUAUGUGGUAGGCGAGGACAACGAAGUCGUCGGUGUGAUUACUCUCAGAGAUGUGAUCUCUUGCUUCAUCUAUGAACCGCCUAACCAUUUCGAGAACUACUUUGGGUUUGCAGUGCAAGAAAUGCUGAAUUAGUGAGUCUUUUGUUGUCAAAAUCUGUAAUAAUAAGCUGCAGAGACCAUAUCUGGCUGGGGACAAAACAUCCAACAGUUUUAUUCUACUAGUUUACUGUGUGUAUGCGUAUGCAUUUCCUUUGUAUCA